AUGUCUCAUUUCCGCGGUACCAUCAUUGCUGUUGGCGGGCCCUCCACCGGCUUCAGUGACUUCCCCCCACCACGGCGAAGACAUGCGCAACUGCGAGGUGGACAGUCCGAACCAGAUACUAGACCAGCCUUCCCCCCACCCCCUGAUCUUCCGCACAGCAUACAACUUCUCGACACCGCCCGUUAUAUGAACAGCCUACCCUCCCGCCGCAUAACCGGAGGACAUUGGGUUACCCGGGUGCCCACGAGAAACGACCGCCUCGGACGAGCGCGCGCCCAGCGCCGGCAAGAACAAAAUCCAACCUACUUAACUUUGACACUCAGUGGCACCGCACCCUAUCUCUGCGAACGUGUGCUCGCGCGCACACGACUUGGCGGGCGGUUUCUCCCCCGGGCGGUGCAGUGGGGGGCGCAGAGAGCGCUCUCGGAUGCCGCCGCACGCGAAUUCUGUGUAGAGUUUGCGGCCGAGAUCCAGAAACUGGCGACGUUUUGCGAGCGAUGGAGGGAGAAGGAGCGGCGACUCGAAGAGAAGUUUAAGAAGUUCAAGAAGUUGCAGGGGGAGAUUGCGAAUCAGUUGUCGGCGAGGAAUGCGGAGCUACUUGAACAGUACUUGCGUGAGCAGGAGGUUGGCGGCACCAUCAUUGUAGCGGAGAGGGAAAAACUGGGGUCCUUUGGCAAGAUGAUGAGGGAUUUGAGGGAAAUCGACGUGUUUGUCGAGGACGAUGAGAUGUCUGAGUUGGAGGUGGUGGCGACGGAGUUGAAAGCGGAGCAUGAGAGAUUGGAGAACAUGAAGAGUGAUAUUGGAAGGAUCGAAGAAGAGCUGUUUCAAUAUGUGGAUGGGGAGGCGGGAAGUGAUGGCCUUCGGGGCGGGAGUCCUCGCCGUGAGGUAGUCACAGUCUCCUCGGACGACGACGACGACGACAACGACAACGACGGCGACAACGACGGCGACGAGGAGGAGGAGGAAGAAGACAGACGAAUGGUUGAGGCUGUUGACAAUCUUGUGCAGGAUUCAGUCGACUAA